CUCAGAUCUGCAGCGUUGCUCAGCCUUCUCGCUCCCGCGUCGGCGGUGGUGCUCACCGCAGCGCGCGCGCCUCCUCGCGGCGCCGCCGCUUCGGCCGCCUCAGCGAGCUGCGCUCUGGUGGGUCGGCCGCCGCGGCUGGCAGCGGCGAGCCGUUUGCGGAUGCAGGUGCAGCAGGAGGAGGGGUCGAGCGCGCCGUCGCCUUACGACGAGUUCCUGCUGGCGGACGUGAAGACGGGCGAGCGGAGCCGCAUCGGGCUCGACGAGAAGGAGAAGCUCUACCUCGACUGCCUCGACGCCUUUUACAACGACGAGAAGCCGGUGCUGGGCGAUUCCGAGUACGAGACGCUCAAGACGGACCUGCAGUUCGAGGGGUCUCGGAUCGCGGCCUUCUCGAAGGACGAGAUCAAGUACCUCAUCGCCAACAAGCGCUUCGUCAUGGGCAAGCCCUUCCUCUCUGACAGCGAGUACGACUCGCUCCGUCGCAAGCUCAAGACAGCGGGCUCGCCGGUGGUGCUGCACGAGGCGCCUUCGUGCAAGGUGGACGGGACGUGCCGGUUCGACAUGAAGGUGGACGAGGGCAAGCAGCGGCUCCUCUACCUGCCCGGCACGCUCGGCGGACUGAUCCUGGCGUGCGAGGUGGAGUUCUGGACGCUGCACAUCGACCCCCUCCUCUCGAUCGUCCUUGGAGCCCUGCCCGCCUACCUCUUCGGCGUCUGGUUCACCGAGAACAUCUUGCCCAAAAGCCGGGCCAAGCUCAUCGCUGACCGGACGACGAUGCGCAUCGAGUCGAACAAAGUGGCCGCCUAGGAGAGCGGCGGCACGGCGCUCCGUUCGCCCCUCCGCCUGGAGUUACCCCUUGCGCCCCUUUUCGCUUGCCAUUGUCCCUACGCGUGGCCUGCACACAUGUACACAUGAACACGCGCUGGGGUUUUGGGUUUGGGCCGAGCACGUUUCGCGGUUUCGCGAUUCACGGCAGUCCAACCAUAGUCCAGCUCCCAUUUGAUUCUUGUGCGAGUGCUCAAUGG